CCCAUCUUUGGCUUAUUCUUGGCUCUACUUAUAAUUUUAUCAAUAUUGGUUCUAUUACUCGUCUUAUUUAUGGCUAGAUUUUGUUGUUGUUGUGCACGAUCAAAUAAAGAUCAAUAUAUUGUGACACCGAUUCCAAAAUAUAAAACUAUGGAACCACUUUUUAUAUCUACACCAGCACUUACAGAGCCAUUUUAUGGAGCUCAUUUCGAUGCGAUAUAUAGUACACCUUAUUCAGGCACACCUCUUCCGCCACCACAUUUCCCUAGAUUAGAAAUUCAUCCUGCACGAAGCGCUAGUAUUUCUCAAACAGCUACGCCAGUUUCAACUCAUAGACAUCGAAUUCGACCAUUUCCACAUACGCAAAUCACGCGUAGCUUCUCACCUAGUGAAACACCAUUACCGAGUAGUAGGCAAGAAAUUUCGAAAGUUGACGAUUCAACGCAAGUAAUUUUUAUUUUCUCGAAUAUUUCUGAUUCUGACUCGUUUUUAGCUAAGCGAUCGGAUUCACGAUCUGAUGAACCGUCCACAUCAUUGCCUGUGGCUCCUGAUGUAGCAAGCCUUCAGCGAUCAAUUGGUUAUGCCGAGUCCGAUCUUUCCUUUCUUGAUCCACGCAGGAAGCUUGAAGUACAAACACGAACAGAUUUUUUCUAUUAA